AUACAGUGGGGGCCACAGAGGCCCACCCCCACCAUGUGGGUGCUUAGGGACCCGGCUUCUUCACCCAGACUGCACCCUUGUCCGGGUCCCGGCCCAGGCCCUGGCCGGGAGGAGAUCCUGCGGACAUACAGUUUCAGCCGCUGCCUUUCUUCCCCCCCACCACCUUGGCCAUGCUGCACGCCGAGGGGCACGCUCUCCUGCGGGCAGUGGGGCAGGGAAAGCUGCGCUUGACUCGGUUGCUCUUAGAGGGAGGUGCUUACGUGAAUGAGGGCGACGCGCAGGGGGAGACCGCACUGAUGGCUGCCUGUCGGGCCCGCUACGACGACCCCGAGAACCGGGCCCGCAUGGUACGCUACCUCCUGGAGCAGGGCGCUGACCCCAACAUAGCGGACCGGCUAGGGCGUACGGCGCUCAUGCACGCCUGCGCCGGAGGUGGAGGAGCUGCGGUAGCCACCCUUCUCCUAGCCCACGGCGCUGACCCGUCGGCCCGCGACCACGCCGGCGCCUCAGCUCUAGUACACGCCUUGGACCGCGGUGAUCGCGAGACCCUCUCAGCCUUGCUGGAAGCAUGCAAAGCCAAGGGCACGGAAGUCAUCAUCAUCACUACGGACACUUCGCCCUCGGGCACCAAGAAGACCCGGCAGUAUCUCAAUUCUCCUCCCUCCCCGGGGAUCGAAGACCCGCCCACCCCAGUCCCAACCCCCGGGGUUUGCAUGUCGCCUUCGGAAAUCCAACUGCAGACUGGAGGGGGAGGAAAAGGAGUGCUGUCUCCACGGGCCCAAGAGGAGGAGGAGAAGCGAGACGUGUUCGAAUUCCCCCUCCCUAAGCCCCCAGACGACCCCGCUUCUUCCGAGCCCCUCCCCAAACCACCCCGCCACCCACCACCUAAACCACUCAAGAGGCUCAACUCCGAGCCUUGGGGGCUAGUUGCCCCUCCGCAACCGCUCCCACCAGCCGAGGGGCGACCAGCGACUGACCGAUUGAUUGCCGAAUUUAACGGCCUUGCCCUGACUAGUCGACCUCGGCUCUCUCGGCGCCACAGCACCGAGGGGCCUGAGGAACCACCCCCGUGGGCUGAAAGAGUGACAGGUGGAGGGCCCCUUUCCCGGCGCAACACGGCGCCAGAGGCCCAGGAAUCGGCUCCCCUUCCCGGGCUGAAGCAGAAGCUGAGCCGCAUGGAGCCGGUGGAGCUGGACGGCCCCAGUCACCUAUGCACUGACUCUCCAGACUCCAGUCGUGUGUCUCUUGAGCGCCGCCGGUUCAACGCUUCCCCACUGACCCUCCCUCCGGCCAGUUCAGUUUCUUCACCUGGGCAGUCCCAAGAGAGCCUUCCCGGAGCUGUGUCUCCUCUGAGUGGGCGGAGACGGAGUCCUGGGCUGCUGGAACGGAGGGGCUCUGGGACAUUGCUUCUGGACCACAUCUCCCACACCCGGCCAGGCUUCCUGCCUCCCCUCAAUGUCAGUCCCCAUCCUCCCAUCCCAGACAUUCGCCCUCUGCCAGGGUGCCGGGCCCCAUCCCUCCCUGCUCCUCAUCAUUCCGGGGGCCUUGGGUCUCCCAGGGCCAAGCGGAAAUUAGUGAGACGUCACUCCAUGCAGACAGAGCAGAUAAGACAGCUAGGGGGAUUCCAGAGUCUAGGGGGACCAGGAGAACAAGGGCGUUGAGGGAGUAAGAGGAACUCAGAAUAGUGUGGACAAGACUAUGGCAGGGCAGGUGAGGCCACCAGCUCACAUACCCCAUGCACACACACUAAAGGCCACUUGUAUUUUGCUCAUAAGCACUGCAUAGUGCAUUUUUUGCAGAGACGCACGUGUUCACGGGCACAGAGCACUUUACCUGAAAGGUCACCAGGCUUCUCACACGUACUAGGCAGUCACACAUAUAUCUAGGGGUCAUGUGUGUGGCUUAUGCAACUGUGCACUUGCAAGUGGGAUCAGUGUGAGCUCACAGGCACUAUGCACUUGCAUGCACCAUAAGGUCAAAGGUGCUCAUUAGCAAUGGGCCCCCAAACAUACUUGCACUUGUUCACGGGCAGUGAGAUUACCUGCUAAUGACUAGUGCCUAACCUAACAUCCCUCCCCCCCCAAAAAAAAAAAACCCACCCUCCACCAAUUCCUUACCUUCCUGUGCUUGCAAUUAUUUAUUUCUAUUUAUUAGGUACAGUGUCACAUGCCCUAUAAUGCAUUAUUUACACACCCAAUCCCAGUGGAAAUGUCUUGAUUCUUUUUGGGAUCCCCUUUAACCCACCUACUAGACUGGGUUCCUUGAUCCUCUGCUCUCGCUUCCCGACUUCCCUAACCCACACAACUCGGGAAAAUACUGCUUUCCAGCCCCUGAGUUCCCCUUCUGAGAGGGAACCUCUUGCUGCACCCAGCUCUGCUGCUCCUCUCAUUGCUCCCUCAGUUCUUCCCUCCUUGCCUCCAACACUCCAGAUACUUCCUAACCCCAAAUCAAUUCAUUAUAUCAGAUUGUUUUGUCUUCCCAGGAGAAGUGGGGCAUGCAGUCCAAACUGCUCUUUUACCUGAGCUUGUCCUUCCCAGGGCAGAGGAGGGCAGUGAUCUUAACCCCCCACUUGACCUAUCAAAAUAAAGGUGUUCAGAAGUUUCAACCACGUCUCUCCACUGACUGUGGGAGGAGGGGAUGGGCUGGGCAAUACUGAACCUAAUCUUGAUCAUAGCUUCUGUGAUCAGUGAAAGCCCCAAAACGGCGGUAGAGGAAAAGCUAACAACUUUCAUCUUCUCAUCUUGAAAUCUCAAUUCUUUUCCUCUCGCUUUCCUUUGGAUCUCUAGGAUCUAGCUAUCUCAGGUUCACCGAAAGAUAAGGCAAGAACAAGUUGAUAAAGGCUAACAAAGUGCUUCUUACCUCAAAACAACAACGUGAGAAACAUAAUGCAACUGUUAUACCCAUUUUAUAGAUAAGGAAACUGAAUUGGAGAGAUUAGGGGAUUGGCCUACGAUUACAUUAGUAAAUAAACAGGGAAGUUAAGGAUUCUAUACAAGAUCUAGUAGUGUCUUUCUCCUUCACCACUCAGUCUGUUUAGCAUGCUUAACCACCCACUGAUCUGAGGAUAUCACAACACUUUCACGGACACCGCCCCUCCCCACCCCGCAUGGGUCUUCCCUCAACCUCUUCUAGACUUCACCACCUUCCCCUACAUCCCUCCCCCGCUUCCCCCCCCCCAAGGUACUCAGGGGGUUCAUCUUGUCCUGUAGAACCUUGGUCCUUGUAGUCCCUGCUUGCAAGCCUCCGGGUUUCCCUCGGCUCCCAAGCGCCUCUCUGCCUCCAGAAGGUUCCCCGAGGGGCCAGGAGGACUUGGUGUCGCCCAGCCGGGUAAGACUGCAUGAAUUUAACCGGGAGGUGCUAAA